CGGCGCGGGACGGGACGGCGCGGCGCCCAGCCCCGCGCCCAUUGUUUGUUUUCUUCAAAAUAUGGCAAAGGUUCAGGUGAACAAUGUAGUGGUGCUGGACAACCCGUCUCCCUUCUACAACCCCUUCCAGUUCGAGAUCACCUUCGAGUGCAUCGAGGACUUGUCUGAAGACUUGGAAUGGAAAAUUAUCUAUGUGGGCUCUGCAGAAAGUGAAGAAUAUGACCAAGUUUUAGAUUCUGUUUUAGUGGGCCCUGUUCCUGCCGGGAGACACAUGUUUGUGUUUCAGGCUGAUGCACCUAACCCAGGACUCAUUCCAGAUGCAGAUGCAGUAGGUGUAACAGUUGUGCUAAUUACUUGCACCUAUCGAGGUCAAGAAUUUAUUAGAGUUGGCUAUUAUGUAAAUAAUGAAUAUACUGAAACAGAAUUAAGGGAAAAUCCACCAGUAAAACCAGACUUUUCUAAGCUUCAAAGGAACAUUUUGGCAUCUAACCCCAGAGUCACAAGGUUCCACAUUAACUGGGAAGAUAACACAGAAAAGCUGGAAGAUGCAGAGAGCAGUAAUCCAAAUCUACAGUCCCUUCUUUCCACAGAUGCAAUACCCUCAGCAUCAAAGGGAUGGUCCACGUCAGAAAACUCACUAAAUGUCAUGUUAGAAUCCCACAUGGACUGCAUGUGACUACCUGCCAUCCCAUUAGUAUAAAUUAAGCUAUUAAAAACAGAACUAUUUCCCCGAAGUAUACAGUCAAGACACAAUGUGAAGAAUUUGUUAAAAACAUCCUGUAGAAAGUUUAUAAGAAACAAGUAUUUGAGCAAAUUGUGGAAUAUAAAUACAACUAUUUUUAAGUAA